CCGCGCCCCGCCCACUGACGCGGCGACCCGCCGCUAUAACUCGGGCUCGGGAAGCUGCUCCACACCGCGCCACGCCGUCGCCCGCGCCGCUACCCCUCAGUCUCCGCCGGAGGAUCGUGACCGCCAUUCCCCGCUCUUUUUUUCUUUUUUCUUUAAUAAUUAAACUUAAAAAGGAAAAAAAAAAUAAUCCACCUCUUCUGCCUGUUGUUGGAUUACGGGGAAUUUUUAAAAAUUUUUUAUUACAAAUAAAAGAAAAGGACUCCGUCACUGUUAUAUAUAUUUUUCCCUCGUUUUACAAUUCUGGUGUGUGACCGAGACAGCCCACGGGAGACGCUGCCGUGAGGUGGUCCAGCUCGCAGGGAGAGCACCGAGGCAGCCUCGAGGGCCAGUGCGCCGCCAAGGACAAAAGGAAGCCCGCGCCGCGCGCCGCACACCGUCCGUCCGUCCCUCCCUCCCUCCCUCCCGAGCAGCAUGAAGAAGACCGAAAUGGGAAGGUUCAACAUCUCCCCGGAUGAGGACAGCAGCAGUUACAGCUCCAACAGUGACUUCAACUACUCAUACCCCACCAAGCAGGCUGCUCUGAAAAGCCAUUAUGCCGACGUAGAUCCCGAAAACCAGAACUUCUUACUUGAAUCAAAUUUGGGGAAGAAGAAGUACGAAACAGACUUUCAUCCAGGUACGACUUCCUUUGGAAUGUCAGUAUUUAAUCUGAGCAAUGCGAUUGUGGGCAGUGGAAUCCUUGGGCUUUCUUAUGCCAUGGCUAAUACUGGAAUUGCUCUUUUUAUAAUUCUCUUGACGUUCGUGUCAAUUUUUUCGCUGUACUCCGUCCAUCUCCUUCUCAAGACUGCCAACGAAGGAGGAUCUUUAUUGUACGAACAGUUGGGACAUAAGGCGUAUGGUCUGGCUGGAAAGCUAGCAGCCUCCGGAUCGAUUACCAUGCAGAACAUUGGAGCUAUGUCAAGCUACCUCUUCAUAGUGAAAUAUGAGUUACCUUUGGUGAUCAAGGCAUUAAUGAACAUUGAAGAUACAAAUGGAUUGUGGUAUCUGAACGGUGACUAUCUGGUCCUGCUGGUGUCCUUUGUCCUCAUCCUUCCAUUGUCACUGCUGAGAAAUCUAGGAUACCUGGGGUACACCAGCGGCCUCUCCCUGCUCUGUAUGAUAUUCUUCCUGAUAGUGGUGAUUUUCAAGAAGUUUCAGAUCCCUUGCCCCGUGGAAGCUGCUUUGAUAGCCAACGAAACUGUGAACGGCACCUUUACCCAGGCAGCAAUGGCAGUGCUGGCGUCCAAUGGCACCACAGACGAUGCUUGCAGGCCACGCUAUUUCAUCUUCAACUCGCAGACCGUGUAUGCUGUGCCCAUCCUGACGUUUUCCUUUGUCUGCCAUCCUGCUGUUCUUCCCAUCUAUGAAGAGCUGAAAAGCCGCAGCCGGAGACGGAUGAUGAACGUGUCCAAGAUUUCUUUCUUCGCCAUGUUUCUCAUGUACCUGCUUGCUGCUCUCUUUGGAUACCUGACCUUUUACGGGCACGUGGAAUCGGAAUUGCUGCAUACCUACUCUGAGAUUGUGGGGACUGACAUUCUUCUCCUUGUUGUCCGAUUGGCUGUGCUGGUGGCCGUCACCCUCACGGUCCCAGUGGUUAUUUUCCCAAUCCGGAGUUCCGUCACUCACUUGCUGUGUCCUACAAAAGAGUUCAGCUGGCUCCGGCACAGCAUCAUCACCGUGACCAUCUUGGCCUUUACCAAUUUGCUAGUCAUCUUUGUCCCCACUAUUAGGGACAUCUUCGGGUUCAUUGGUGCGUCGGCAGCUGCGAUGCUGAUCUUUAUCCUCCCGUCGGCCUUCUACAUCAAGUUAGUGAAGAAGGAACCUAUGCGAUCCGUGCAGAAGAUUGGGGCUCUGUGUUUUCUCCUGAGUGGCAUAGUGGUCAUGAUCGGAAGCAUGGGCCUGAUUGUGCUGGACUGGGUCCACGACCCCUCCGCUGCAGGUGGCCAUUAAUGGCUCCUCUCACACUGGAUGGUCCAUCGGCCUGACGUGUUGAGGCGUCUCAACCUGCUCAGUUUUCACCUGAUGCUUUCCGGUCACUUCCUUUUGAAGUCUCCUCGCUGGUUCUUCUGGAUGCAGAAUAAGUGAACUUUUCUUUCUCUUUGGUUUGUUUUUUUUUGUUUGUUUUUUUUUUUUUGUUUUUUUUAAAGAAGCUAUCUGUGUGUUAGGGAAUGGAUAGUCCGACAAAGCCACGAGCCUUGGGUUAAGGGAAGUGACAAGUUUAUUCCAUUCCAGAGAAUGGACGAACUUUUAACUUUUUAUCAAAGCCACAUGUUUGGCUGUCUCAUUGUUUAACUUGGAUAUUUUAUGAUUUUACUUGAAUGUGCCUAACGGAACCAUUCGAUGUGAGAAACACUUCUUAAUUUACAGCUAAGUAUUGAAAUAAGCAUUGAGAAAAAAACACUUAUUUUUUGUACCAAAAAAAGAAAAAAUACUUUAAAAGACCUCAGAAGCACUAUUUUACUUUGAAGAGAUUGCAUUUUUGAACUUUAUUCAGAAACAGUUGUCAAUAAACUCCGUCAAACAAUUUCAUUGAUAUUUAAAAAUGAAUAUUAGUAUUAUAAAAUUAUUUGCCUUUUUUGUAGGCAUUAUAAGCCAAAUACUUUUUUUACCCAAAAAUCAUUUUCGGGAAAAACGUUUAAAAAAAUUGCACCAUGGAUUAGCAUGGUUUUGUUUUUGUUCAUUCAGAUUCAUUUGAAGGAUAAUUGGUAAUUGCUGCACCAAAUCCGGUGAACUCCGUUCAUCGCUUUCUUUGCCUCCAAAUAAUUGGCUCAUUAGAACUAAAAUGUUUAUGUCUUCAAUUAGGCUGGGAAACAGUGCAGAUAUUUCUGUAGGAAAUGGAAUAACUGAUUUUGAGGUACCAAAUAGUGCAAUUGGGUAAAACAGGGUUUAUUCAGUUGCGUCUGUCUCCAGAGUUACAGUGUCAGCUCUGGGUUGUGCUUUUUGGGCCCAUCCUUUAAAACAUUGCUUCCAAAAGUGAAAACGGGCGUUCGAUGGCAAUAGGCCAAAACUGUCCAAUAGAGAGCAGAACUUUCAAACGCUCAUCUACUGGAAGCGUGGUUUACUUGACAACACGCGGCUCAGUGGUGCUCCUGCUGUGUCUGCAGUCGAGGUCUAAAACUGCAGGCUGCACCAUGCAGUUACACUGCAAGCCCUCUUCAGAAAGGUCACUGGGUUUCUCAUGCAGCAAGCUUCCUAAAAACUCGCACUGGAUCAUCAUCUCAUUCUCGAACAAUGCAGAAUUAAUUUGUUUACAUCGAACAAAUGAUCAGCCAGGGGAAGCAGUAGAAGCUGGUUGUCCUCAGUUUCUGGUCCAACCGCAUGCUUACCUUUCCAUUUCAAUUCCAGUUAAACGUGAAGACAUUACUUGGAAGCUUGGCUUUAAGAGCACAUUUACUGUAUGUUAACGGUGUAUGGUGAAUAUAUUAUUAAAUAAUGUGGUACUUUGCUCAUCAAGCGUAAUGUCUAAGGUCUAAUUAAUACACAUAAUUCCAUUAAGUGGUGGAGGGAAGCAAGUAGAAUCAUCAGUUGGUUAUUUGGCUCUUGAACUAAACAUUUUGAGUUUGAGGCAGGGGCCAGAAGAAAUGUGACACACAUGGUUUUUGUUACAGUCUUGUAUUGUAUAUGUGACUGAAUUCAUAGGCAAGGUGUGUCUGCCAUUAAAGACCCUUGCAGACUGGAAGACGUUUGGUAGUGCUACAUACAUUGGGUAUAACCAAUGGUCAGUUCUGUCCCAAGAUGAAAUCACUGGGGACCGUGUAGACGCAAAGGCAAAGAGAAGACACUCCACCAUGCUGCGUAUGUGUCAUCAAAUCCAGAACCUCACCUGGUAGUCAAAGACUCUGCACUUCCGCUUGAAGUCCUGGAAAGAGUUCUGGCUACGAUCUGCCAGGGGAUGCUGAGAGACAGGCAUCCGAGAGGUGCCAUGACAACCAGGAUCCUGUUCACAGCCAAUCAGUGUGGGCAUCCGAGAGGUGCCAUGACAACCAGGAUCCUGUUCACAGCCAAUCAGUGUGGAGAGACUUCCCAAACCUGUGAGGAAGCACGAUUGAAGGUUACAAAUGAAUUUCAGGCCAAAUUCCAAAGCUUGGGGCUGUUUAACCUGCCUUGAGGUUCCUGAACUGAAUUCUCAGCCUUGAGCAGUCUUCAGUAUUAAAACCACUGUCCCAUCACCUCAAUUCGCAUUGCUGUCUUCCAUGGAACGUUUCAAUAACUGUACUGUUAUUUAUAGAGCAGCAUUAAUCCAUUAAAGCUAACCUAUUUUUCAAUAUUUAUGAUAAACUGUACAUAUAUUGUCCAUAUGUAUUUGUAAAUAGAUUGUAUAUACUGUUGGAAUUGGGUCUUGGGUUCAAGUGUAUAUAUUCCCCUAAGUUUCUUAACUGCAUUUUGAUGAAUUUACAUGAUAUAGAAGUCUCCAAAUUACUUGUACAGAGAAUCCAAUAUUAGAAAUUGACAUUGUGUAUAAUACUAAAAUUGAAAAUAACUUGUUUAAGUUGUAUUUGCAAUAAACUGGUUGGACAUCAACUUAAGUUCAAAUAAUCUAAAGCUUUAAAUGAGGUCUAAAAUUUCAAAAUGCAGUAGCUCCCACAUGGCUAUCUGGUAACAUGUAAAAUGUGAUCUCAAUGAAAGUGAACUCCUUGUAUGUAUAUAGUGUAAAUGUCCCCGCUGUACUGUUAGAGGCCAACAUGCCUCUGUGGCCUGUUGGCAGAGAGUAAAUGCUACACCGGUUUCAAUGAAACAAUGUAUGUUUGUUUUAACUGAACUAAAAUAAAUACAUGAUUAAUC